AAUGCUACCGAGCUCUGGCUGGAGCGAAGCCGCGGGCAGCCGCAGGAGAGGCGCCUCCAUACUGCUGAGUCAGCUCCAUUUACUAGGAAUUGCUGGAUUUGUAGCUGUCCCAGCGUCUGGCUGCUGUGCAGAGAGAAGGCUCUCAGUAGGCAGGGGUGAAUCAGAGCUCCUGCCUCCCCUGUGCUUCGCACCCCAAAGGAGAAGUCUCCAGCUCAGCUUGGCUGUUAAAACCUGCCUGGCUGAUUUGGGGCUCGAGCUGAACUUUGCUUCUGGGUUUGGGGCUCUGCAGCUGCUGCACUUCCCCAGCGAGGCUGGCUCUUGGGAUGGGACUCCGGGAGCUGACUGUCUGGCUGGUCGUGGCUAUGGGGCUCGUACAUGUGUCCCUGCAAGGAGAGUUCCAGAGGAAGCUCUAUAAGGAGUUGCUGAAGAAUUACAAUCCUCUGGAGAGGCCUGUGGCCAAUGAUUCCCAGCCGCUCACUGUCUACUUCACUCUUAGCCUCAUGCAGAUUAUGGAUGUGGAUGAAAAGAAUCAAGUGUUAACAACCAACAUUUGGUUACAAAUGUAUUGGACAGAUUACUAUUUACAAUGGAACAUGUCUGACUACCCCGGAGUGAAGAAUGUUCGUUUUCCUGAUGGUCAGAUUUGGAAGCCAGAUAUUCUUCUGUACAACAGUGCUGAUGAGCGAUUUGAUGCGACAUUUCAUACCAAUGUUUUAGUCAAUUCUUCAGGACACUGCCAAUACCUGCCCCCAGGCAUAUUCAAGAGCUCAUGCUACAUAGAUGUGCGCUGGUUUCCGUUUGAUGUUCAGAAGUGUAAUCUGAAGUUUGGAUCCUGGACCUAUGGUGGAUGGUCCUUGGACUUACAAAUGCAAGAAGCAGAUAUAUCUGGAUACAUUUCAAAUGGAGAGUGGGAUCUAGUAGGAGUUCCCGGAAAGAGGAGUGAGAGUUUUUAUGAAUGUUGUAAAGAACCUUACCCAGAUGUGACAUUCACAGUGACUAUGAGACGUAGGACUCUGUAUUAUGGACUCAAUCUUCUCAUUCCUUGCGUGCUGAUAUCGGCACUUGCCCUGUUAGUUUUUCUGCUUCCGGCUGACUCAGGAGAGAAGAUCUCACUAGGUAUAACAGUUUUAUUGUCUCUUACUGUCUUUAUGCUACUUGUGGCAGAAAUUAUGCCAGCAACAUCAGAUUCUGUGCCGUUAAUAGCUCAGUAUUUUGCCAGCACCAUGAUUAUUGUUGGCCUUUCUGUUGUUGUCACUGUUAUUGUUCUGCAAUAUCACCAUCAUGACCCAGAUGGGGGGAAAAUGCCAAAGUGGACAAGAAUCAUCCUUUUGAACUGGUGUGCCUGGUUCCUGAGGAUGAAGAGACCAGGGGAGGAUAAAGUACGCCCUGCCUGUCAGCAUAAGCCGCGUAGAUGUAGCUUGUCAAGUGUGGAUAUGAACACUGUGAGUGGACAACAAGCCAGUAAUGGGAAUAUGCUCUAUAUUGGGUUCCGGGGGCUGGAAGGGGUCCAUUGCACUCCGACCACUGAUUCUGGGGUAAUUUGUGGGAGGAUGACCUGCUCGCCAACAGAAGAAGAGACUCUCCUGCACAGUGGACACCCCUCUGAAGGUGACCCAGAUUUAGCUAAGAUCUUGGAGGAGGUCCGAUAUAUUGCAAACCGAUUCAGAGACCAGGACGAGGAGGAAGCCAUUUGCAAUGAAUGGAAGUUUGCAGCCUCCGUGGUAGACCGUCUCUGCUUGAUGGCUUUUUCUGUCUUCACAAUCAUUUGUACGAUCGGCAUUUUAAUGUCCGCACCAAACUUUGUAGAGGCUGUGUCUAAAGAUUUUGCUUAAUUCUGCAAAAUGUCUGUGAUCCUCCAAGGUAUGCUAUGUAGCAAAUAGAUGAGUACAUGGUCUUUUUUUUAAAAAACAUGCCUUAUCAUGAAUAUACUCUUACUCAGUGACCCAUUUAAAAACAGUAAAAUGUCUGUGGGGCUCACUCCAGCCUGUGGGAUGUUGAGGGACCUUAACUCCCACUGAAGUGUGUAAAUAGGACAUUCAGUUUGUAGGGUUGAGUCCACAGUUCGUGAUCUAUUGCUAAAGUAUCUUAUGGACCAGUCUAAGGCCACUGGCAUUAAUGGAAAGAUUCCCAUUAACUGCAAUGAGCUUUGGAUCAGGCCCUUAGCCAAUAAAUGACACAAACGCUAUAAUGAGGGAAAACUCCCACCAGCUUACGUUGUCAGAAGCAACUAGUGAAUGUGGAGCCCACGUUGACACCUGAUUUUCAGAGGGCAGGUACUCAGCAAUACUGAAAAUCAGGCCCCUGAAAAGUGUGUCAAGUUGGGCUCCUAAAAACUGAGUCUGCCAAAAUGGACACUACCAAUUUUAACGGGAGCCGGCUCUGAAGCAUAGAUUCUAAUUUUAACAGCACUAAAAGUGUGGGCUGAAUUUUUAAAACACACUUCAAAUGAUUUGUCAAGGAAUUUAAUUUUGGGGCUUAUACCCACUGCCUUCUCAAGCAAAGGCAUUCUUUGAACUGCUAAGUUUUGUUGAACCCAUUUUGCUAUAUUGAUGUCUGUCUUUUUUUUUUAAGGAAAAUGCAGGAUUCAAGAUAUCUACAUCUUCAUUUGUUAAAGAGAGACUCAGGUCUUUUUAGUGAUUGCUUUCCAAUGUGGGAAAGAUAACAAUCUCUAUACAAACUCAAAAAUAAAUGGCAAAUCUAAAGCAAAAUGAGUCAUUUCUAUGUUCAAAAUUAAUGUUUUGUCUGCUGCAUGCACAGUAUUUUAGAUGCAGCAUCAUCUUUCUGUUGACUUACCAAUACAUAUUAUGGAAAGAAAACUGUUUAGCUUUUUUGCUCAGUGCAUUGGUUAAAGCUGAAAACUCUUCUUGCUGUGCAUAAGCUGUAAAUAUUCACCAGGAAACUUUAAAUAGGAAUUCCUUUUUAGAAAAUCAUUCUAUGGGCAAAGUUUUAAGUGCACAAAUAAGUAAUUAGGUGUCUAACAUUUAAAAUUUGUACCUUUAAAAUCUCCCCGUGGAAUGUUAAACUUUUCAAGUGAAUGUGGUGCUCAAGGAAAGUGCUGAGCUGACAGUGCUAGAGACUGAAGUCCUGUGUCUACAAAAUAGGUGCUGAAAAGUAUCCCUACUCUGUCCUGCCAAUGUGCCUGAACUGUGAUCUCAGAGGAUGGAGCUCUCUUUAGGCAGCAGAAGCUAGUUCAGUUCUGAGAUUGCCAAGAAGGCUGCAAAUUGAUGCCAUUUGUGACAGGUUUUUAUUGAAGUGGAUAUUAGACUGAGAAUCCAACUAACUUCUCAGACAGCUGUAAGAGCAAUGGGAUAGGAGCCACUUUUGGUUAUUACGGAUUUUAGCUGAUUUGAAUUACAGAUAUACAGUUAAAAGGCUUUGGGUGAGAGCGUCAUCCCCACUUUGGUCACUUGCUGCCAAAUAAAAACCCUGGAGUGGUGAAAGGGGCCCCUAAAAAGUCCUCUAUAUAGCUGGGGGAGUAUUCUUCUGGCAUAGGCGGCAUGCUGGCAGUGGGAGGGGUGUUGAGCCACAAUACACAGCACUGUGGAGAUUCCUGGCAGUGCUGUUUCCCAUAGGGCAGUCCAGGGAGGUUGCUGUAAUUUAGACAGGCCUGUGCAUGUUGUACCUGGGGGGUUUUGCAGGCCAGGAUCAGGAGGCGCAAGGUGAGGCUUAAAGAUAUGUUAGCUCCCCUCCCCUGGUGCUGUGCCUCGAAGUGCAGCACAGACUCCCACCUAUAAUAUCUAGAGCCGAGCAAAUAAUUUAUACUGAUUAGUUAAUGUAGUCUCUUUGGUUUUGAUUUGCCCAUGAGGAAAUCAGUUUCUCAGAUGUAUUUAUUCAAAAUUAUUCACUGAAUAAUUCUUGCUUUGUAGAUUGCUCAUCAGCAGUUCACUAUGAGUAUCUGAGUUUGAGUGGAAACCCAGGCCACAUGGUAUAAUUCCCCGAUUCUAGGAGCUAUGCUCUGCCAGUCUACUUUCUUGUGCAAAUACUAGUCUUCAAGUUGAAAAUGCCUUUAGAGAUAUUUAUUAAACAGGCUCUUAAAAUGUGCUGAGUCAGCAAAAAUUCCCAGUAGCCAAUUCACCUGUUAUCAUAUUCACAGAAAGUGAGUGCAAGUACAGGAUGAAGCAAAUUCAAUUGUUUAGUUGAGGGAAUAUCGAUGGAAUAUAUCCUUGAGAUUUGCUCACCUACUUGUAGUUCUCAAAGAUCUUUACCAAUACUCUGAGCUAUCCAUUCCCUUGAAAAAAAAUUAUUUCUAAAAAUGUUGGCUUAGAAAUUGUUGUUAAUGUGACCAUCUGGCUGGAUAUUUUUGGUACUAUGUAACAUGGUGGUAGAAAUGUUUUGUCAGACUACACUGCUCCCCAUCCAAUGGAAUUUAGUGUUAAACAAACUGUUUCCUAUUUACACUCUAAAGUUCAUUGUUGAAGUAGUUGUGUAGCCAGAUGGAAAGGGGAUUACAAUUUGACGUUGAGCUCUCAUGUUACCAUUCUGUGUCUACACUUGGAAAAGUGGGACCUAUAGUUCUCCUAUGGGGCAGCUCUGCCAGAGGUAGCAACGGUGGAGGCCAUAGUAUAUCUAAACCUCAGGUGUUUUACCACUGAUGUUUCACACUAUUAAGAAUAAGGCUUGACAACUUGAUGGUAAGUCGCCAGCAUCCUGUCUACACUACAGCCUCCAUCAUUGCCAAUACAGAAAUACACCAAUGAUGAAUUAUGAGUCCUAAUUUUCCUAGCGUGGAGACAGCCUUUUAGACAAAUAUUGCCAUUUUAUAGCAAGAUGCCAGCUGCCAGCAAUUACAACCGUGAAUUUUUAUUUUGUUAUGUGAAGAUACUGCUUAAAGUUGUAAAUUUUCGGACUGCUGGGCUGAGCAAAAUAGAUAAAAUUUUCUUUCCAAACUGUAGGUAUUGUAUGUAUGUGUGCUAAAAGAUAGUCUCUUCUAAAUGCUGGGGGAAGUACACUUAAAACCCUACGCAUCAAGUUGGAAAUUAAAUACUAUAUACUCUAUGUGUAUAUAAUAUAUAGAAGAUACAUGUUGAUAGUGAUCUGUUAUGAUCUUACACUGUGGUGAGUGAGUUCUCUCAAGUGACUUGUCUGGCAGACACAUUAAAAAGCUCACUCUAGAGCGCUGAUAUCAUGUACAAUAUUAUUGGACAAUGGACAUUACUUUGUCUGUUUUAUAUAUUGAAUAUGAAGCUUUUUAAUAUUUAAAAAAUAAAUUGUCAUUAUGCCAAAAAUAAAUUCCAACAAUAAAUUAAAUAGUUUUAAAGAAAGAUAAAAUAUUUAAACAAUAUUUAAAAUAGUAAAUUAUUUUAUAUGGGAUUUAACAAUAUUGUGUAAAAGUUUUUUUAAAGGAUUCUUGAAAUUUAUGUUGCGUAUAGCUGUGGGGUUUAAUCUCAGAUCAGUUGUGACUGCUCCACUUUUUACUUCGUAUUGAAAAAAAGAAGUAAACCAAAGCCCUGAGUUAGUUUCUUUUUGCUACAUUAUUUUUAAUAAGAAACAAUGUACAGCUUGCAUUAGAAAGAGACGAUGCAUCCAUUAAAUAUUGUUAUAAAAGUAAUGCGACACCUUUUUGGUCCAGUACAAAUAAAUAUUU